AAAAUUUGAGAACAUAUUGACGGGUCGGGUCACGCUUAUUAGGUGGGGCUUCAGAUAUUGCUUCACGCGGAACGGGGGAUUUCUUAGCUGGGAAGAAUCCGAAGAGUCGGUUGACACUACAAAUUACAAAACUGCGACUCAGUUAGGAAGGAAAUGGAUGCCAAGAUGGGGAAAUUCUUCGACUCAGUUGCUAGUUUUUUCACCGGCGGCGACCAGAUGCCGUGGUGCGACUCCGAUGUUGUCGUUGGUUGUGAGCGUGAGGUCGCCGAAGCUGAAAAAGGCACCUCCGAUAAAGUAAAAGGCGAAAGCAUAAUGCGCUUGUCUUGGGCCCUUGUUCACUCAAGACGCCCCGAAGACGUGCAGCGAGGAAUAGCAAUGCUUGAAGCUUCUUUGUCUGGUUCGAACAGCCCACUCGAGGCCAGGGAGAAGCUUUAUCUUCUUGCAGUUGGAUAUUACCGAAGUGGGGAUUACACCAGGAGCAGGCAGCUUGUCGAUCGCUGUUUGGAGAGUUCCCCCGACUGGAGGCAAGCUCAGAGCCUCAAGAAAGCCCUCGAAGAUAAAAUCAAGAAAGAUGGGGUAAUCGGAAUUGGCAUUGCUGCGACCGCCGUUGGUCUGGUGGCAGGGGGCAUAGCUGGCAUAGCUGCAGCAGCUCGGAAGAAGUGAUUGUACAUUGUAGGGGCAGAGCAGUGUUUGUAUCUGUAAUAAGGUGAUGAGUAUUAUUAAUAUCCAUCUAUAUCUAUCAGUCUUAUGAAGAAACUUGUGUAAAAUUUUCAUGAAUGGCUUCUGUCUUCUUCUGGUUUUA